AUGAAACGGAUCCGCGGCAUCUUCGAGCGCGAGACGGAGCGCGAGGCUUCCUAUGAGCCGCUCGAGGGCGGCUCGGAGCGUCCAGACGGCGAGCCCAUCGAGGGUGCAGACGCCUUCUCGUGGACCACCUACUCCGUGUUCCUCCUGCUGGGCGUGGCUAUGCUCUGGGCCUGGAACAUGUUCCUGGCCGCAAAUCCGUACUUCCAGCGCCGCUUUGAGCGCAACGACAACCUCCUCCGCAACUUCCAGUCGGCCAUCAUGUCCGUGUCGACCGUCGGCAACCUCGGCUCCAUGAUCGUCUUGACCAAGCUGCAGGCGCGCGCCAACUACCCGCGCCGCAUAGCAACCUCUCUGGUCCUGAACAUCGGCGUCUUCACCCUGCUGGCCCUGUCUACGAAGAUGUUCCUCGGCGUGACGGCCGGCGUCUACUUUGCGUUCCUGAUGCUGAUGGUGCUGAGCGCCAGUCUGGCCGCCGGCCUGUGCCAGAACGGCGUCUUCGCCUAUGUCGCCGGCUUCGGCCGCGAGGAGUACACGCAGGGCAUCAUGGCGGGCCAGGGCAUCGCCGGCGUGCUGCCCUGCAUCGCGCAGAUCGUCUCCGUGCUCUCCGUGCCGCCCAGCGAGCACGCCGACGGCACGCCCCAGCAGUCCAGCACCUCCGCCUUCGCCUACUUCCUCACCGCUACUGUUAUCUCUGCGGCCGCACUCCUCGCCUUCGUCUCGCUCCAACGCAACCACUCCCGCGUCCACCUCGAGCACGUCGACGUCCCCUCCGACCGCAAGCCCGUACCCCUAACCCGGCUCUUCCGCAAACUGACCUGGCUCGCCACCGCCGUCUUCCUCACCUUUGUAGUCACCAUGUUCUUCCCCGUCUUCACCCAGAAGAUCCUCAGCGUGCGCGACCCGGCCUCCGCCCCGCGCCUCUUCCAGCCCGCGACCUUCAUCCCGCUGGGCUUCCUGUUCUGGAACGCAGGCGACCUGCUCGGCCGCAUGGGCCCCGCGCUGCCCGCGCUGCGCCUGACCGCGUACCCGCGCAUCCUGUUCCUCUUCGCCGUCGCGCGCGCCGCGUUUAUCCCGCUGUACCUGCUGUGCAACGUCGGCGGCACGGGGGCCGCGGUCGGCUCCGAUUUUUUCUAUCUCGUUGUCGUGCAGCUGUUAUUUGGACUCUCGAAUGGGUAUCUGGGCAGCAGCUGCAUGAUGGGGUUUGUGGAGUGGGUUGAUCCGGAAGAGGCGGAAGCGGCGGGCGGGUUUAUGUCGUUGUGCUUGGUGGGCGGGUUGACGGCGGGGAGCUUCAUGAGCUUCUUUGCUGCGCAGGCUAUUUGA